AUGCAAGGGUUAUUGCGCCACGCGGCGGUGCGGCGCUUUACGGAUUAUGCGCGACCGACGAACCUCAUGGCGGAUGUACAUGGGACGACUCAUGGCAAGAAGGCGUGGCGCAACAAACCACUGUUUCGUCGCGAAGGGGACAAGAAAUUCCGCACGGGGUCAGAGGCUGCUGACAUGCUGUAUGAGGAAGCUCACCGUCGUGACCCGUACCAAACCGAGUUUCUCACGGCGGUUCAGAGUUUCACAGAGUCGGUCGUGCCGGUGUUUGAUCGAUACCCCAAGUACGCUUGGGUCAUGAAGCAACUCAUGGAGCCGGAGCGCGUCAUUCAGUUUCGCGUGCCAUGGGUAGAUGACUUGGGCAGUCGCCGCGUCAACCGUGGUUUCCGCGUACAAUUCUCGAGCUGCUGUGGUCCUUAUGUUGGAGGGCUUCGCUUCCAUCCGGACACCCGCCACGGCACGGUUAAGUUCCUCGCGUUUGAGAACGUGUUCCGCAAUGCCGUGUACGGUCCGUUGGGCGGCGCAGCUGGCGGCGCCGAUUUCAAUCCCCUGGAUAAGUCCGAGGCCGAAAUCAUGCGAUUCUGCCAGUCAUUUACGACCGAAUUGGCCAACUAUAUUGGGCCUACCACGGACAUCCCAACAGCCGGUGUCAACGUCGGUCCGCGCGAGCUCGGGUACAUGUUUGGUCAGUACAAGCGACUUCGCCAACUGCACGCACUCGGGGUCGACGGAGUGCUGGGCGGCAGUGAGUACUUUCCACACGUACCAGGACACGGUGUGGCGUAUAUGACCAAGCUCAUGGUGGAAGCGAACGGCCAAAGUCUGGUUGGAAAGCGGUGCUUGAUUUCUGGGUCGGGCACUGUCGCACUCAACACGGCCGAAAAGCUGCUGGACCUGGGAGCCAUCCCGAUUGGGUUCAGCGACGUGUGGGGUCACGUCGUGGAGCCUGCCGGAUUUACGCGAGAGCAACUCCACCGCCUCAAGCAAAUCAAGUCGGAACACAAGGCUCACUUGGGUGGGUACAUCAUGACGUCCACAAGUGCCACGUACUGCCCCAUCGAGGACGGCAGUUUGUGGGACGUCCCGUGCGACUAUGCAUUUCCCUGCGCCAUGCAGCACGACAUUGACGUGGAUAAAGCCAAACAACUCGUCAAGAACGGAUGCAAAGGGUUCUUUGAAGGCGCACAUUUGCCCAUCAACCAAGAGGCGAUCAAGUUUAUUCAGCAAAGCAACGCCAUUUACGGACCAUGCAAAGCAACGAACGGCGCAGCGCUAGCGCUCCUGACCCGAACGUCUGGCUUGAGUACACUGCGUCCAGGCGAUAUCGAUCGCAUCAUUCAAGAAUGCAUGAACGACGUGUUUAUAUCCAUUUCGACGACCGCGACCGAGUUCAGCCUCGCGCCAGGCGACUACCAUGCUGCCACCAACAUCACGGGCUUCCUCAAGGUCGCCCAAGCCAUGUUUCGCCAAGGCGCGGUGUAA